AUGGAAACAAUUUUAAGGAGACUUAGAAGAUCUAGUAACAAAAAAAAAAAAACAAUAGAAAUAGAUGCUAUUGACGAAAAAGAAUGGGCCCAAUCAAAAACAUUAGAUUUAACUGAGGAUUUGUAUGAUUAUACUUUGGAUAAGAAAUAUAAAAAUAAUAAAAAAAAAAAAGAUGAAAAAAGAGAGGAUAAUUUAGAAAAUUUAUAUGGACUUAAAGAUACAUUAGGAAACUUGAAAAACAAAAAUAAAAAAAAUGAAAAAUAUUAUAUAAAUUCUUUUUCGCGAAUGAAUGAAGACAUAACUAAUGUUAGCACAGAUUUUACUAACGAAUAUUCCAAAAAAAAAAAUAAAAAGGAACAUAAAAUUAACAUAAAUAAUAAUGAAAAAAAGAAAAUACAAUAUAUAUAUAAUGAUUUUGAAAAGUAUACUUGUGACACGAAAGAGUAUUCUGAAAAUGAUGAAGUAGAUUUAUAUGAAGAAGAAGAAGAAGAAGGAGAAAUUGAUGAAAUAAAAAGUAAAGAAGAGGAAGAAAAAGAAGAAAUAGCUGAUGAAGAAGAAGAAGAAGUAGUUGAUGAAGAAGAGGAAGAAAUAGUUGAUGAAGAAGAAGAGGAAGAAAUAGUUGAAGAAGAAGUAGUUGAGGAGGAAGAAGAAGAAAAAUAUCAAGAAAUAGUAAAUAAAGAGUAUGAAUAUAAUUACGAAGAGCAAAAUAAUAAUAAUAAUAAUAAUAGAAAAAAUUAUGGAGAAAUGAAUGAAAUUAAAUCUAAUGAAUUAGAUCAAAUUAGUGGAGAAAUUAUAACAGAAAACAUAAAAGAAGAUUCAGAUACCAAAGAAAAAUAUAUGGAGGAAAAUGCUAGGGUAAGUAUAGAAGAUAAUGAAGAAUAUUUAGAAGAAAAAUUAGAUGUAUAUACAGUAGAGGAAAUAGAUAAUGAAGUAGAAGUCUCUCACGUUAAGGGAAAAGGUAGAUGUAUGUUCACAAAAAAAAAUUUAGAUCCAGGCUCUAUAAUAUUUAUUGAAAAACCUUUACUAAUUAUUACCCCAAGUUUAAAUGAAAAAUUAUGGAAUCAUUUAAAUAAACUAAACAAUGAACAAAAUUUUGAACUACCUCUUAAAUGGCAUUUUGCAGCUUUAUGUAGUAUUACUAUUCUUGAUGAUUCUAGUUUUAAAGCAUGUAUUGAUAAAUGGGUUCCAGAACCUGAUAAAGAACCUGAUAAAGAUGUCUAUAAUGUUUUAGAUAAAGUAUGUGAUAAGAAAAUUUUUAAAAAUGGUAAAAAAGUAUAUUAUUAUAAGAAAAAAUUAAUAGAUCCAAAUAUAUAUGAUAGAAUCAUACAAGUUUGGCAUUACAAUGCUUUCGGUCAUCAUACGGAUAGUGAAGGAUUAGUUCUAUAUAAUCGUAUAUCGAUGCUUGCGCAUAGCUGCAAUUCUACAGCUUGCUGGCACUAUGGUGAAAAUGACAGUUUUGUUCUAAGAGCAAGAAUUAAAUUAAAUGCAGGAGAUGAAUUAACGAUAUCUUAUCUUGGAGAUGAUGAUUUAUACAAAUCAUCCAAUAUCAGAAGAGAAAAGCUUACUAACUGGUUAUUUGUAUGUAUGUGUAGUAGGUGCACUAAUCCAGUUGAUAAUUCUAGAGGUUUUAAAUGUUCAACAUGUGGAAUAGGAACGUUUUUUAUAAAAAGUGACCACCAUGAUGAAAUUCCAAUAACUACAAAAUGUAACAUAUGUUUUUCUGAAAUAUCCGAAAGCACAGCUUAUGAAUACAUUGAAUAUGAAAAUAGUUAUAUAGAGAGACUUCAGGAAACAGAUAAAAGUGAUAUGUCUGAUGCUUUAGCUGUUUAUGUACAGGCUGAUAAAAUAUUUACUCAACACUGGAUAAUGUUUCAAUUAUAUACUAUUCUUUUUGAAGGUUAUAGAGAUUCUUGUCAAUGGGAGAAAGCUAUAUAUUAUCAAAUGCAACGAAUCAAAUAUGCCGUUGAUGUAAUACCUAGAGCUAAUUAUGUUUUAGCUUGGUUAUAUGAAGAAUUAGGAGAAAUUCAUGCGAAUUCUAUAAAUACUGAUAUUUUAUUAACAGAAAAUGAUUUUACUAUUACAUACGAAGAAAAAAAAAGAAUUUGUUCGCAUUUUUUGAAAUCCAUACAUUUAUUGGAGAUUUUAUGCGGAUAUUCACAUGAUUAUUUGAGAGAUUCUUUGAACAAGUAUUAUCGAAUUGACAGUUUAACUACAAUAGACGCUCCACAAAUAGAAGAAUAA